GGAAUCGCUGUUAGACGGUGCACAGUCUCAAAUACGAGCAUUCGCCGGCGAGCGCUCAGCGCGAAUAGUUCACAUCGUAUGUACGUGCUUAGCAGUCGACGCUUCUCCUUACACUUUAACCGGCAUCGUCGGACACAUUAAUCAAGGAUAUUUCGUGAAAAGAACUCAAUUCUUUUAUCAAAGUGAAAAUUCUUCAUUACCUCUGGAUAUUUAUCAACAUUAUAUUUGCAAAGGAAAUUUCAUCCUCAAGUGAAAUUCAUGAGAAUUUAGUGUGUGCACAUAAGAUUUAUAAUUCGCGAUCGGUGAUCUUAACGAGCUUCUCAUUUCAGAAGGACAGUCUUAAUACUAUCGAGAAAUGGCAAGCCCCACGUGACGAGACGCAUCUGUCGCGACCAGUACUACCUCCACCACCAUCGACACUGUCAUCAUCGUGGAGUUACUUACUCCCAGAUAAGUCCCGAGGACGCAGAGAAAGUGAAGUGAUCGGCCAAAGAGAGAACUGGAAGCGUAGUCAAGAGCUAAGUGGCGCCUCGGCACUUUGAGUGGUUGCUCUUGUGCCUUCAUUACGCGAAUUCCUGCGGCUAUCUUCGUGACCCUCAACGGAGAAUUAUUUUUAAAAAAUAAUAAAAAAACCAUCAAUUUUUCCAAUCAGAAAAUCAAAUCUAAAGUGAAAAACAAGAAAUAAUUUUAAAAUACACCAAAGUAACUGUAAUUUUAGUGGAAAAUUAUUUAAAAAACCAUUUCUUCAAAAGAAUUACAAACUUUUUAAUUUUUUUUUUUGUUUGUGCAAAAUUUCAGAAUCUCAUUUGAUGGCAAACCGCAAAGUGUUUGAUAAAUGAGAAAGAUAGAAGUACUUUGAGUGGAUAAAUGAGGAAAGUUGUGGCUGGUAAUUUAGCUGGCAGUGAAUUCCCUUCCUGUAAAGAAUAAUUACAAAGCGGUUUUUGUGAUUAUACUUUGAUAUCGUGUGUGUCGAGUGUUACUUUGGAAAUCCGCGAAAAAAGCAUGUGCCACUUGUUUACAAUUUCGAAGAAAAUAUUUUGUGCACCCAAGUAAUCUUAUGAGUGAAUAAAUUUUAGCGGUGGACCGCGAGAGAGAGAAAAAAGGGACAAGUUUCUGGGAUGUUGCGGGCAAAACGCGGUUGGAACGACGACUAAAAGGUAAAAGGGAAUCCGAUCCGAGUUAGAUGCAAAUCAGUGACAGUUGGCGCGUAUUGUCGUGUUUGUAAACACUUUUAUCAAAGCACAAAUCUCCAAGUGAACAAGACUCACCUUUACCCCUACAUCAUUUGAAGUGGGUCAGUGCUCUUCUCUUAAAAGAGACCGCAUUGUGAUUUUCAACAGUGGGAAUUUGCGCAGAGCGCGGUCAAUGAUAACAGUCAUUUUUGAACUCGUUUUUGUAAAAAGAAAGAGAGAAAAACGAAGUAAGUGACCAAAAGUGCACUCUCAGAUUAACAUCAGAAUUUAAAAGUAUAAUGUGUCUAUGUGCUUCCAAUGACACCUAACAUUUCGCCCUGCCAGCUGAUGACGAACGUCAAUAGGAUAAAGGUGGUCGUCCUCGGCGGCCCCAGAGUCGGAAAAUCUGCCGUUGUAGUACGAUAUUUAACAAGACGUUAUAUUGGUGAAUACAGCUCUACUAGUGAUUUCCUCUACCGUCAUAGUGUUCCUAUCGAUAAUGUUACUACCGAGGUCGAGAUACUGGACACUUCCAGGUGCGAGGAAAACAAUUGCCUAUACUCGCACAUAAGAUGGGGUGAGGCAUUCGUCAUUGUUUACAGCGUGACCUGCAAACAAAGCUUUCAAGAGGCGAGAGGACUUCUGAAGCAACUGGCGGAUCUUCGUUUACCAUCUUAUUUCACUGCCCUUCUACUUGGCAACAAACGAGAUCUCGAUCAUGCCCGUGAGGUGUGUGUGGACGAGGGUCAACAGUUAUCCUUGGCCCAUGGCUGUCAAUUUUACGAGGUCAGUGCCGCAGAGAGUCCUGCAGGUGCGGCCCUUGCCUUUCAAGCCCUCCUUAGGGAAGCUCGUUCCGUACAACUCCUGCGUGCAUUACCUAUAAGAAGAAAGCUCGGGGUACAUUCGGUUUCGAGGGUAUUGGGCACAAUAUUCGGCAAAAAUACCACCAAGGACCGAAAAAAGAGACCAUCGCUAAGCAUAUGACGCCUUCUGUGCGCCCUCCUCCUCGGAGGACGUAACGAUCCCGAAAAAGGAACCAACAUUAUUAUACUCAGCAGUAAUGUUUACGCUAAUCGCUGAUGAGAUACGAUAAUAAACUCUUGGUUCCAAGUCAAUUAUUUUCAGGGAUGACCCUGGAAAACGGAAAAGAAUCUCCAAGCUCUCAGGCUCUCUACAGUUGACCGAGGGAGGACAUCUGGCGACCCUGAAAUCAAAGGACGUGCGAUCUGAGCAGGUGGAGUUUCUUGCAUUUAUGAAGAUUCGUCACGAGUAUUAGGAUAUAGCUUGUCACGUGACCAGUUUGUUCAGAAAAGUAUUAAACAUGAUUUAAAAACCCAGAGACAAAACGAUUACCAGGAUUUUCUCUUGGUGACUUAUAUUCAUAUAUAUAUGUAUAUGAAACCAAAGAAAGAUAAUUUGUUUUAUAUCAAUGAUGAUAAUAAUUUUACCCCGCAAGGUAAACAUUCCCGUUUUGUAUUAAAUUUAUCUAAAGAUCUCUUUAUCUAGAAAUUCAAUUGUCUCUUUUCUAAACAUUCAAAUAGGGACAGUCAAAGAAGUUAUUUUAAGAUUUUGAUUUAGCUAUAUAAAAAAAGUUGAGGAUGAUUUUGAUUUUGAAAAAAGUAAUAAACUAAGAAAACUUUUAUUUGAAUCAGAUAAAACUAUUUUCUAGUGGAUUUCAAAUUAUUAAUAAUCCCAAAAAUUAAAAUUAUUUGUUCUUUCCUUAAGAUUAAAUUCGCAGUAAGAAAAAAAGUAUUGGAACUCUGAGUCUUACUCAUUGACUUUGCAUCCAUCCAAAUCAUGAAAAUUACGGCUUUAGUUGGAUGGUGAAUGCGUCUUCGGUUUUCACAAGUUCAUUGAUAAAAAUUCAUUGAUUGAUUCCACUUUUCUACAGUCUUUUAGUGUUAAAAUCAAUCAUUAUUUGUGCAUUAAUCAAUGAAUCUUUCUUAAUAAGUUUGUGAAAACAGACGACGUAUUCAGUUUGAGCGAUUAACGCAUUCAACCCCAUUCGUCAUUUUUAUGAUUUUACAUUAGUUGAGUGUCAACGCCAGUGAGUAAAACCGAGAGUUCUAAUACUUUUUCUUCAUACCUCGGUCGAAAGUACGUACUUCCCUCUGCGAUUUCACAGCAGAAAGUCAAACAUUUGUGCUUUGGUUGAUUUUCAUACCCAACCUCUAUUACAGCGGGAGUAAAAGAAUUAUCUGUCGGUAAAAACACCACUGUCGGUAAAUAAGAAAAUUUCCAAUUCAAUGACAAUUUAACGAGUAAUUGUUAUCGCAAUAUAAAAUGAGAAAAAAAAUUAUCAAGAAAACUUUUUAUACUUUAUAAAUUUAUUAUCCACAAGCUCCGAAUAUUGAAAUGAACGAAA